CCAGCCCUCUGGAUUCCGCGAUUCCCCUUAAAAGCUGGGGCCUAGCCACAGGAACGACAGACGUUGUAGCCAAUGGCGUCGCGAACGAUAAACCUGGUACCCAAUCAAAGCAGGCUGCGAGGGAACGGGGUGGGAACCACGCCGGACUCCAGGAGAGGGAUGGAGGAGCAUCAAGAGGCUGGAAAGGAGAGCAAGCCCUCCUCCAAAUCAGUGGACGUGCAGGGGGACAGCUCCUUACAGGUGGAGAUCUCUGACGCAGUGAGGGAGCGGGACAAGGUGAAAUUCACAUUCAUGCCAAGGUGAGAGCUGCUUCCCUUCGCCCAGACCGAGUUCUCAGUCAUGCAGCAGCCUGAGGAAUUCAUCUGGCUACAGGACACCUAUGCAGAAAACAAGUACACCGGCCUUAUUGCCCCCCCAACCCUUCCAAAGCCAGACUUUGAGGCUUCAAGGGAAAAGCUAUAGAAGUUGGGUGGAGGAGACAGCUCCGUCACUCAGGAAGAGUUUGCCAAAAUGAAGCAGGAGCUAAAAGCAUGAUACCUCGCUAUUUUUAAAAAGACAGUUGCGAAGCAUGAAGUCUUUCUGCAGCGCCUGGUAGCCCACUCCACUCGGUGGCAAGACAUUGUCUUUUUGGAAUACAGCCAGGAUGGGAGCUGGCUGAGUGUCCGAGGAAAGAACAGGAAGGAGCUCCUUGGGGGGCUUCUGAGGAAUGUUGUGGAAUCUGCAGAUGAGGCCCUCAUCACCAGCAUGUCAGGGCCUCAAGAGGUGGAUGACUUCUUUGAGCCUAAGAGGACUUUCCUGCUGGAGUACCACACCCGCAUCGAGGAUGCCUGCCUGCAGACAGACCCUGUCAUGCACUCCCACACGUGUACGCAGGGCCCAAGGGGCCCUGGAUUCCCUGCCACGUCUCCCCAGCAGUCCUCCUCCCCACGGGAGAGCGCCAGAAAUCCCGUGUCUGGCCACAAACACCAGGGAUGGGGCUUGAUGUGCAGACCAGUGGGUUCUGAUGGACGGCUGUUCACAACAGGCCUGGCUGACAAUCAUAUCCCUAUCUCCUCUGCACUGAGCAGCCUGGGAAGGAACACAGGAAAUCGACCAGCUAAAAACUGUGAGGACUCCCUGCCACCCCUCCUGCCUUUUUUGUGCCUGUUCCCUGAACACCGGCUAGGUCUUAUUUUCGGGGAAACACGGUAUGAGAACGCCACCAAGGCUUUGGACAAGGCACACACCAGGAACGAGGUAGUGCGGCCCGCUGAGAGCCACCAGCACAUGUGCUGCCAACGCUCCGAACGCCUCACUCAGCCAGGCAGGGAAGCCCCGUGGCCCUGGAGCCCAACACCGGGCUGCCUACCUGCCCAAGUUCCCAUUCCUCUCUGCUUCUCUCCAGAGCUUGUGAACUUCAAGUCUUGGCGUGUCUCCUCUUUGAGCAAGAACCUUGAGUUCACGGAGCUGGAGCUCAAACACGCCAAGGUGAGCCUUCCAUCCUUACCAGCCCUCCUGCUGCCUCCCCGAUCCCCAGGCUUCUCGGUUCUUACCUAGUCUGUUCAAGGACAAGGGUGAGGCAGCUGUGAGCAGCCCCAGCUGAGGUUCAGGGCCUUUAUCAACAGUAAGCCCUCAAUAAAUGGCAGCUGUUACCGCUGAGGACAGGGAUGGGGACAGUUAUGAGGUGCACAAGAGCAGCACCCUGUCACAGGAAGCAUGGUAGCGGGGAGAGGAAGGGGGACAUCUAGGACGACUCCUCUGCAGGCCAGCACCCUGCUUCUCCGGAACUCGUCACCCUCAAGGGGGAGCCUUAGAGCAGCCAGCCUGCUCUGGGGCAUUUAAUACCAUGAGUCCCCCACGUUGAUGCCUCCUUCCACACCCCAGCAGCCACUGGCCAUGCCCCACAACCUCCAAGGGGAAGGCCAAGCCCUGCACGAGGAAGGUAGGGCAGCACGGGAGAGCCCAGGAGCCCUUACUUCCCUCCCCAGGGAGCUGAGGGGCAGCCUCCAUUCACCCUCUGGCUGGAGUUCAGCAGUUCACAAAUAGUGAGCCUGGUUCUGUAACAAGGAGGCCUGCUUUGUCCUCACUUCCCAUGGCUCCAAGGCGCAUCAGGCAUCCCUGCUACCAGGGCACUAUGGAGACCAGAUCCUGGGGGAGCCGCGGAGGAACGCUGCAGUAUCCUGUUAUUUCCCAGAGAGCCAACUGAUUCUCCAUAGUAAGGGCAAGACCCAGGACUUGGAACCCAGGAGCAGUCUUCUAGGCAUGUCACCACCCCCAUAAACUCCUGGCAAGCACCACACGUAAGACUAAUCCCAAAUCCUUUCACCUAUGUUCUAAGCAGUAAAAUGGGAACUUACCCCUCCCCGUUUCCCUCCCAGACCUACUGACUGGCAAGCUCCGAGAAACUAAGGAACCAGGUCUAAUUCGAGGCUUUUUUCGUUCAGUUGACUGGAAGGAGGAGGCAGAAGUCCUGCAUCACCACCCCUAGGGCAAAAUUUCUAGGAUAUCUUUACCUGCCGGGCAGGGUAAAGCCCAAAGUACAGGCUGGAGACAGCCCACAGCAAUACUGGCAAAAGGCUUGGGGCUCUAGCCAACACCCUCUUGGUUAAACACAGGGAGGUGGGGCUCAAGACACCUGGGUCUGAAGUCCUGGGCUCCACCUGGCUGGCCCCACCCUGGACUCCAGCCACAUCUACCUACGGCCAAAGGCUCGACUUGACUCACAGGAGCCACUGAACCCAGCCCUCGUAAAUGAGUCAACCGCCCAGGGAAGAAGGCAGCAAAACGACCAAACUCAAGAGGCUACCUGUAACUUGCAAUUUCACAGCUCACAUCUGGGCAGGACUGAACAGGGAAUCAGAGAAGGGACCUCACUGCAACACCGCCCACCAGGGCCAAGACUACAGAAGCAGUUUAGACACAAAGCUCCCGCUCCGUGGUCCCUGCAGACAGGCUCUGGCUGGGCUACCUCAACAGCCAGUCUGGUCACCACCUGUAGAAUGAGUGGUGACUGUCAGAAGGGAGGCUCAGCCAGUCACUGGGGCCAGAUGAGGGUGUAGAGGCUGAUUAGAGCUAAGAUAUAGAGAAGAGAUGCAGGUUACACUCCCAGCGUACCUCCCCCACAAGGUUCCCUGGGCCCCAGCCCUGAAACAAACACCCUAUUAGCGAGCCUUUUUAUUGUUGUGUGUCUUUUUCUUUCUUUUUUUUUUUUUUUAAUUGAAGGUUCCUCACUGGUCCUACUUCCGUGAGUGGCCAUGACCAGUUGGAAAAAGGGAGGGAAACCAGGCGGCGUGGGGAAGGGUCAUUUCCACAACAUUCCAUUUAUACACAGAACUAAAACAGACAAGCACAGAAUCACUAUUGCGGUUAGAAGUUGGCAGCUUGGGAAAUGGAGGAACAGGUGGGGAGACGGGAUGUCGUUAAAAAAAA